CACUUCAUUGCAAAGGCAUCGCACAUUCUAAUAUUGUAGUCUUUUCGGGGAUUGAACGAAUUUUCCAGCAUGUCCGCAAAGUUGACCAAAUUCAAAGUGGCAGCAGCGCACGCAGCACCAGUGUUCAUGAAUAAAAAAGCAACAAUCAGAAAGUGUAUCUCACUCAUUGAAGAAGCCGCCAAUGAUGAAAUCAGACUCCUCGUCUUCCCCGAGACCUUCGUCCCUGGGUAUCCUUAUUUCAUCGAGUGCUACCCUCCCCUUAGGCAAGUGGGAGCACUGGCGAAAUAUGCCGAAGAAAGCGUUGUAGUGGAGCCUAACGGAGAAGACAUGAGCGGCCUUCAAGAUGCCUGCCGACGCACCGGCGUUGCCAUCAGCCUAGGCAUUUCCGAACGUAUCUCCGGAGGGCAUACGCUCUUCAACUCCCAAGUGAUCAUCGACAACGACGGCACCAUCUUAGGCGUCCACAGAAAACUCCAACCCACGUAUGUUGAGCGCAUUCUAUGGGCCCAAGGCAACGGAAGCACCUUGAAGAACUGGCCGCUUUCACUUGGGUACAAUAUUGGUGGUCUGGCUUGCUGGGAGCAUACAAUGAACGGAGCGCGGCAGGCAUUGAUCGCGCAGAAUCAACAUAUCCACGCUGGCGCGUGGCCAGCGCUUUCCACCAUGUCUGGAUUCGAAGAGGUCGCCGAUGCGCAGAUCGAAGCACUCAUGAAGGCACACGCUCUCACGGCUCAGGUCUUUGUCAUCACAGCGUCUAACUAUGUUGACGAAUCGUGCCUAGAAUGGAUGAAGGAGAACCUGGGAGAACAAGAGUUUGUCAAGGCUGGGGGCGGUUGGUCGGCUAUCAUACACCCCUUCUGCGCUUUCAUCGCGGGUCCGCAUACCGGGAGCGACGAGAAAUUGAUCCAGGGUGAACUCGACUUCUCCUCCAUGGGCGCAGUAAAGGUCUGGAUCGAUGCAGCUGGUCAUUAUCAGAGGCCGGAAAUAUUGGAGUUCAAGUUCGAUAAUAAACCGUAUUGGGCUGACGAGAAGUCGGAUCGUUUCAAAGCCCAAACGAGGAAUCGAAGCAGUCCGGCCGAAGAUAGCACCACGAGUCCUUACACCGGCAUUUUGGAUGAAUGACUGAAUCAGGUAGCUAGCCGAUACAUAAUUACGCAAUUGAUGGUAGCAAAAUGACAGGAUC